ACCAAGGGUCCAGAUUCGAUAUAGCACCCUCUAGAAGAUUUAUUACCGACCUUGUCUUUAUCAUCAUAGACUAUUCAAACCCCAACGACAAACACAAAGAAAGAGGGAGGCGUAUAAAUUCUCCAGCGGGUUCUCGACGGCUGUCGUUUCCUCAAAGAGUCGUUGAGAUCCGGCAUUGAUCGAUUUAGAUCGGAACUUUUUUGCUCCAUCAAUCGGACAAGACACAUAUUCAGUAAAAGGUUUGCAAAAUGGUUGCUCAAGGGUUCACUGUGGACCUUAAUAAGCCUCUUGUAUUUCAGGUUGGUCAUCUUGGUGAAGCUUACGAGGAAUGGGUUCACCAACCCAUUGUGACAAAGGAAGGCCCUCGUUUUUUCCAGAGUAACUUUUGGGAGUUCUUGACCCUUACAAGAUGGUGGGUGGUUCCUGUUAUUUGGUUUCCAGUUGCGGUCUGGUGCAUCUCCAAGUCAGUAACCAUGGGCCUUUCACUUCCAGAAAUCGUCCCGUUGAUAGCCUUGGGUAUCUUUAUCUGGACGUUUAUAGAAUACACUCUUCACCGCUUCCUUUUCCACAUCAAGACCAAGAGUUACUGGGGAAACACGGCGCACUAUCUUCUUCACGGAUGCCAUCACAAACACCCAAUGGACCACCUUCGACUCGUCUUUCCUCCUGCUGCAACAGCGGUUUUAUGCUUUCCCUUCUGGAACCUUGUGAAGCUUUUCGCAACGCCUUCAACCACACCUGCCUUGUUUGGAGGUGGUAUGCUCGGGUACGUGAUGUACGAUAUUACUCACUACUACCUUCACCAUGCACAACCAACUAGAGCAGUGACCAAGAAUCUCAAGAAAUAUCAUUUGAACCAUCACUUCAGGAUUCAAGAUAAGGGAUUUGGUAUAACAUCGUCGCUAUGGGACAUAGUGUUUGGGACACUACCCACCACAAAAGCCCCUAAAAGAGAGCAGUAGUGUUGUACUAAGAUGCAAAACUAAAAGGAUAUUUGCAAAUUGCAACACAGUUAAAUUAUUGAUCAUCCCUCAUGAGUUUUGAGAUGUUUGACUGAGGUUUCAUUUGGAUCACAGUCUUUGUAAAUCAGUGUUACACGUCCUACUUAAUAGUUUUUUUUGGUGUGUGUUUUCACUGAAAGCAAUCGAAAAUAUUUACCAACU